UUGAGGACUCCGAUUCAGUCCUUCUGUUAUCCACACAAUAUCACGUCACCCUUUCCUCCUUAUUCUUCCUCCAAAACGUUAGCAGAAACAAAGAAACAACCACAACAACAAUGGCUUCUUUAACGGUGCUGUCUUUCAAUUUGAAGUCAUGCCCUUUACACCCUUUCCCAACCCGUGUCUCUUAUGGGUCCGCUCCACUCGCUCCCCUCAACAAGGUUAACAGCUCGUUGAGACUCAGUUCGUGUCGUCAAAUUUCUGGGUCUCGCUCACUUUCUCCUCUAAAGCCAUGUUCUAUCACCUCACUCACUCAAAGGUUCCAGUCUCUCACCGUUUUCGCUGCUAAAGGCUAUAAAAUGAAAACCCACAAGGCAUCGGCAAAGAGAUUCAGAGUGACUGGUAAAGGGAAAAUAGUAAGGAGGAGAGCUGGGAAGCAGCAUUUACUAGCAAAGAAGAAUACUAAGAGGAAAUUAAGACUCUCCAAAAUGCACCCUGUUAGUAGGAGUGACUAUGACAAUGUGAUUGGCGCCUUGCCGUAUCUUAAAGUAAAUAGAAAGGCAACAUAAGUGAUGAUCUCCAUGUUCUAUGGGAAAUGCCCCAGCGGUUUGGUUUUGGUUUCCUUCUUACAUUUAUGCAGCAGACAACUACUCUUGAUUCCCAUGUUCACCCAACCCAGUUAAUUCAGUCAAGG